AUGUCCACUCCUACCAAGCUCAUCGCGGAGCUGGCCAACCUCCCCAAGUUCUUUGAGGAGCAGAAGCAGUGCAACCUCGACUCGGAUGCCAUGUCUGAGUUGAUGCGCGCGCAGGCAACGUGCAUCAGCGCAAAGAACAGGCGGCCGAACCAAAAGUGCUCAUCAUUCAACCUGUACUUGACUGAUAUCGAGUACACGAUCCUCGCGGACAGCAUGACGCCUUGGUCUGCUAAGUUCGCAUCUGUGAAAAAGAGGUGCCUCUUCAUCGGGCUCCUCCUGCCGAGUGAGAAGACGAAAGGGCACAUCUUGGAGUGCAUCUAUGUGGCCAACGGGCUGCCGCUGGAGAAGGGGAAAGAUUGGUUCGCCCAUUUGAAUAACAUCAAGGAGGCGCUUGCGCCGUUGGGCACUGUCAAGUACCCAUUUGAGUUUAUGACAGAGUUUCCGCUUUCGCCCAAGGAUCUCCCGAGUGAAACCUACAAGCAUGCAUACGAGACGGACCCGCCGUCGAUGAAGGAGUACCGCGAGCUGACGUUCGGAACAGUCCGACAGAGCUCGACCGCCUAUAAGCGCGCGCAUACGGGAGCUGAAGAAGCGGAGUCGCAGCUGUUCAUGGCGGAAGCCUGCAGGCAGAUCGGCGCCCAGAUGCUCCUGCAGGGCAUGAUGAAGGGUCUCCCUAGCACGAGUGCAGGCAUGGACCCGUAUAACAUGCUGCAGUGCUUCCGUUCUUCCGCCGGCGCGGGCGCGUCGUCGGCCUCGCACCUGCCCGAGCCGAAGGGCAGCCGCUCCGCCGCCGAGCCCACUGGAGCGGCCGAGCCCAAGGCUGGCGUCCGCGCCGACGACAGCGCUGGAACAUUCCCCAUGCCUCCCCCAGCUGUCGACGAGAAGGCUGGCGCCUGCGCCGGCGACAGCGAUGCGAGCGAGGAAUCUGCUGCGGAGCGCUUGCGCACGAAGGCGACAGGCAAGGGCAAAGCGGCUGGCCGCAUGCCGCGCCCCGCAGCUUCGGCCUCCGCUGCAAAGCGCCCCGCAUCGGCCGCCCCUUCGUCGGGCGACGCCGAUCCGCCACCGAUGAAGAAGGCGAAAGAGGCCAAGCAGGGCGGCGUCACAGAGAGUGAUUUGCCAAAGGGCUUCAAGCUCAAUCUGAAGGAGUUUCUCUCCAAGAGUGUCGCAGCAAAAUACCCGUCCAAGGGCGCAUACACCUCCAAGCUAUACGCGGAGGGUGGGAAGCAGGCCAGGGAUAAACAAUUGAGCUCGGACGAUGUGAAGCUCGCCCAGAAGGUCGCGCACAGCAUUGGCUCAUCUUUCUGGGCCAACUGUGGCUUGUAG